AGCGGCCUGAAACUUUCGUUUGGCGAAGAUGGCGGAGGCGCUGUCGACAGGUCUGGGUGAAGAGAAGGAGAAGGAGGACAGGGAGAGGGAGAAGAAGGCUGCCACAGCGGGGAAGAACAAGGAGAAAGACGGAGUCACGGAGACGCUGGGGUUUAACGAUAAAAAUGGCGCUAGCAGGGGAAAGAAGAGCAACCUGUCAGACCUGUCUCUGGUCAGAUUCAUAACUACUGAGCUCACCAGAGGUUACUUCCUAGAACACAACGAGGCCAAAUACACCGAGCGCAGAGAGAGGGUCUACACAUGCCUCCGCAUCCCCAAAGAACUGGAGAAGCUGAUGACAUUCGGCUUCUUCCUCUGUCUGGACGCCUUCCUCUAUGUGUUUACGCUGUUGCCCCUCAGGGUGAUUCUGGCCCUGUUGCGACUCUUCACAGUGCCAUGUUGUGGUCUCAGCGGCUCCCGCUUGCUUCAGCCAGCCCAGGUGUGCGACGUACUCAAAGGCUUCAUUAUGGUGCUGUGUUACUCAAUGAUGAGCUACGUGGAUUACGCCAUGAUGUACCAUCUCAUCAGAGGACAGUCUGUCAUCAAACUAUACAUCAUCUACAACAUGUUAGAGGUGGCGGACCGCCUGUUCUCAUCAUUUGGCCAAGACAUACUGGACGCUCUGUACUGGACCGCCACAGAACCCAAGGAGAAGAAGAGAGCGCAUAUAGGCGUGAUUCCUCACUUCCUCAUGGCUGUUCUCUACGUCUUUCUUCAUGCCAUCCUCAUCAUGGUUCAGGCUACAACUCUCAAUGUAGCUUUCAACUCCCACAACAAGUCCCUGCUCACCAUUAUGAUGUCAAACAACUUUGUUGAGAUCAAAGGGAGUGUAUUUAAGAAGUUUGAAAAGAACAACCUUUUCCAGAUGUCAAACAGUGACAUAAAAGAGAGGUUCACCAACUACAUCCUCCUGCUCAUCGUCUGUCUGAGAAACAUGGAGCAGUUUUCAUGGAAUGCCGACCACUUGUGGGUGCUGUUUCCUGAUGUAGUCAUGGUGAUAGCCUCAGAGGUUGCCGUGGAUGUUGUCAAGCACGCCUUUAUCACCAAAUUCAAUGACAUCAGUGCUGAUGUAUACGGGGAAUACAGAGCCAGCCUCGCCUUUGACCUGGUCAGCAGUCGACAGAAAAAUGCGUACACAGACUACAGUGACUCAGUAUCCAGGAGAAUGGGCUUCAUCCCGCUUCCUUUAGCGCUGCUGCUGAUCAGAGUGGUGACCAGCUCAGUGAAGAUCCAGGGGUCGCUCUCGUUUAUGUGUGUGCUGCUGUUUUACUUGGGGAUGAUCACUCUGAAGGUUCUCAACAGUAUCGUUCUCCUGGGAACUUCCUGUGUGUUUGUCAAAGAGGCCAAUAUGGAGGAAAAGCUCUUUGACCCUCCGCCUUCUGUCGCCUCCAGCCGUGCAAACUCUAGAGCUCACCGGACAAAACAUGUUCACGUUUCACCGCAGCAAGAAUCCACAGCUGACAAAGGAGAAACUUCUCUGCCGUCAGACAUCUGUCAGCCCACCAACACAGCAGAAAACGCUGCCCCCUCCUUCCCGAAGAGUGACUCAGACACAUUCCUGACGACUCCUGACGAUGAGGACGAUGACAAAAUCAUCAAUGCUGACACGGGACUGGAAGGAGGCGGACUUGCACACCGACCACCCAAGAAAGACCUGCUGGAGAUAGAUCGAUUCACCAUCUGUGGCAACCGAAUAGACUGAAGGACCAGUGUAGCAAUCCUGGCAACACUACAGGGUUCAGGGAUCAGACAUGGGUCAUGGAGCAUGCUCAGACCGUACUUACUUUUGUGCACCUGACCCCUCAAGUAUUUAUUUAUUUAUUGACUGACAAAACCAGCAAAGGCAUACAGCUGUUACUACAAGCAUCCGAGGCGGCAUCAGACGUUUCCAGCUGGUCCUGCGUGUGUCUGAUGAGCCAAGCGGGCUCUGGCACUGGGUCAGAGGCCUGGCGGUGACGCACUCGCUGAUGAAGACAGCAUGUAAAACACGGGAGGAGCAGACUACAGAGAGAAAUCUGCGUAUGUCAAAUCACGUGUGUUCAGAAGCACAAUCAGUAAGAAGCUGUUUUUAGAAAGAACAAAAGUUUUUACUAGUUUUUUUAAAUUAUUCCCAAAAAAAGGCUGAUGAUAUUUGAAAUGAAGUUUUUAUGACAGGUUUCAAAUCUUUUUUCUAAAUUGAAUCACAAUCACAUGGAAGGAUUCAAAUCAUGAAGUUAUUCUGCAGACUGAAGUUCUAACACACACACACACAGAGGUUGAUCUGAGGUUGAUCUGAGGUUGAUCUGAGGUUGAUCUGAGGUGAUGAGGUGAGCUGCAGUCCCAGCAGGUUAAAUAUGGCAGCAGUGACACUAAGAAUGGCUUUGCUUGGCUGCAUCAGCUUCAGUUGUAAUGUUUGGUUUGGUAACUUAAGAGACAUAAAAAGUUGGAAGGCUUAAUGUCAUUUGUGUUGGUAUUACCUUAAAGCACUGAGAUGAUGGUGCAAAUUUGUAUUUAUUUUGAGAUGGCCUGCCAGGCCUGACAGGUGUGACUUAUUUAUGUGCUUAAUUUGUACCUUUUUCAUUGAAGCAUGUGGAGUACGGAUAAUAGUGGCGACACAUCACAGGCAUAUAACAUUUUCUUCUGUUUGCUUUUUGAUGUUGGAAACUGAUCUGACAUGUUUUCUCAUUCUUCGCUAUCUGAGUGAGAGUGAAUGGAAAAAUCACAUGAAAUGCUUCAUUGUAUGCUGAUUUCUUCAUAAUCCAGGCCAAAACUAGCUUGCAAUGAACAAAAUGCGAGUUUUCUGUGUUGAAGCUAGUUUAUAUCUUUUUAUGCAAAACGAUGGAUUAAGAUUUUUCUGGGGAAGGAAGUAAAGAGUUAUUACAAGGAUGGGUUCUGGCUGCGUGGAAAGAGAAUUGCAACUUGGGCUUGCUACAUCUUUGACUCCAAAAGGUCUGAGCAGGAGGAACGCAGGACUAAAAACUGAUCAGGCACAGUUCGGUCCUUAAUUUGCUGGACAGUGACACCGUUUUUGUAGUUUGAGAGUGGAUUUAAAUCAAACAGUGAAGAUGUGACUGAAGUGCAGACUUCAAACCUCAGUUCAAGGGGACUUACAAAAAUGAUCCAUUAACUGUUUGGGAAUUAGAGACAUUUUUAUGCAAUACUUAUACAAAUUAUAGACCCAACUGUUGAACAAGAUUUUUUUAUCUUAACUGAGACCAGUGAGGGUCCAUGAGGGGCACAGCCAGUCUCACUACAGGGUCAUGGUCCGUACAAUGAAAAAAAUAGCUGUAUACUGCUGGAAGGAGUGUGAAUGCAGCAUUAAUGUGUGUGUGUCAUAUGUGAGAGGUAUUUUUCAGCAUGUGGAUGGAUCUCUACCUAAAAACAGACAUUGUAUGAGUUUUUUUUUUCUCUUCCAUGUACAGCUCAUUCGUGUAAUGUAUCUCCUUAGGUGGUAGAAGGAGAAUAAAACAAGACUUUGUUUUGUAA